AGGAGGGCGAUUAAAAGAAAAAUGAGAGAAAUCAUCAGGAGUUACUACGAAUUAGAUAUUGAAUCAAUAAACAACUUAGUGACCUAAAAGUGGGUUAGGUAAUUUUAUUUUUAAAAUCUUCUAUUACAAAUUCUUGCAAAUACAAAUAACUUAUUCGUUUUUAGAUACUUUUAUAUACUCUCGGCUUGUUUCAUAAUUGAGCUAUGUUAUAAAUGUACCUAUGUCAUAUGAAUUUUAAAAAUCGCAUCCCCCCUCCCCGUAAUCAUGCCUUGAUCUUAAAUUUUAACUUUUCAAGAAAGUCUUUUUGGAUUAAAUGAUCGCCGUAGUUUGCGUUUAUUUUUAUAAGAAUAAAAGCUAAUUGAAUGACAAUAUUAUACUAACUUGUGGAAGUUUAGAACCAGGUAAAAAAAGUUAUCAUGUUUAUUAUGGUAACCAACAUUAGACGUAAAUAAAAACAUUAAUAAUUCACUCAACAUUAACCUUGAGAAAAUUUUAAUCAAAAAAUUAAUACAUUUUAUUCAAUUAAAUAAUACGUAAUUUGUCUAAUAAAACAAUUUACAAAAAAUUAUUAUGGACAAUCAUAAUAUUAUUGAUUAAUAUUAUACAUAUUGUAUUAUUUUUAUCUAAGAAUGCAAUUUAAUAAAUUAUAGAUAAUUUUGUAAGGCACUGAUAAGAAAUGUUGGCAAUUAUUCUUUAUUAAAUUAUUCUUGAAUUUAGAAGAAAAAAAAAUUAUGAAUUUUGUAUUUAAAUAUUAUUGUUUUUAUACUAUUAAAUCUCAAUAAAAUAUAUAUUGGUAGUUUUAAAAUUUAAUUUUGUAAAUUAUGAGUGUUUGUAAUAUUUUUUAAAUAUUCAAAAACAUAGGUAACAUAUUAUUGUUGAAGUGUCUAAUUAAUACUAUGCAAUCAUAUGAAUUUAUUAUCUGUUAUAGGCAAUGAACAAUGGAUAUUGGAAUCAACGAUAAUACGCCAUCCACAAAUGUUUGUGCUAAUCAAAGAUGCUGUAUCCCAUCGUCUUUGGCCGUAGACUGUGACAGUAUGAAUAGUAGUGAACAUUUAUUAGAAAUCAAUGAUCAUACUACAUUAAUAUCCGAUUUUCAUUUAAAAAAAAAAAAAAAAUCCUAUUUUUGGUAUUCUCUCUCAGACACAAAUAUAAAAAGUUCACAACUAUGGAUAACCUUCAUUCAUAUAUUAUGCACGGUAAGAGUACACUUUGGUAAUAAGUUUUAAUAAAAAUAAUUACCAUUUAAAUAGAUGGAUUAGAUAACUUUGAUAGGCGGCUCGUUAAAUUUUGUAUUUCUUUUUAAAUGAUAUUAUAUCCAAUAAAUAAUUUAUAAUUCGUUUAGAUGGAUAUUAAUAAAUAAGGUUUGUUCAGAAAUGCUGACAUAAAAUGUUUAAAAUUAAUGUUUUCAGAAAGUUCAUAGACAUAACCCACUUAAAAGUAGAAAGUAGAUAAUGUAGAUAAGUUUUUAAAUUAAAGUUUAAUUUUGCAAACAUCCAGUAAAUGAUUAUAUUAAUAUGGUAAUAAGUGAUGAAAUUGAAAUUCCUUUUGAAGUCCCGUAAGGCACACCACCCGUAUUAGGUCCUAUAUUAUUUUUGAUACAUAUAAAUGGAUUAUUAAAUCUUAACAUUAAUGGUAAAAUAAUCUAUUUUGUGGAUGAUGCAGUCUUGUUAUUCAAUGAUAACUCUUUAGAUAAGAUUUAUGACCAAUUAACCGCCCUAUGUCUACUGCCAAUUCCAACCAUUUCUUCUUUUGCUCUAAAUAUUUUUGGUAUCUUAAACCAACAUUUUUCUCCUCUUCAAACCAAAAUAUAUAUUUUAUGCUUAACUUGUAAUUUUUCUUGUAAUUUAAUGAAUCUGAAUAACUUGUAAUUAUGUUGAUAUGUGGGCGCAAGUCUGUUAUUAUAAAUAAAUAAAUGACAAAGGUAAUGAAAGUUCAUCAUUAGUUAAAAAUGGUUUAAUAAUAACUCUUUGCAAUUAAACAUUUAAAAACACUGCUAUUCACAUUGCAGUAUCAACACUUUAAUUUUGGAUGAUACAAAGUAUAAAGUUGUAGAUAAUAGUGUAUCUUCAAAUCUUAAAAAUGAUCAAAAAUUUAUUUUAAAAAAGUUAACUGUUCUAUUAAAUAUCUAGAAGUUUAUAUUGAUAAUCAACUCCAAUGAAAUAUCCAUAUUAAUCAUAUAAACUAUAUUUUUCAAAAAUUUGUUUAUAUUUCAUUGUAUUCUGAGGAAUAAUUAAUCACCUAAAUUUAGAAUCAUAACAUCCACUAGCUUGAUUCAGUCUAUAUUUAUUUGCGGUCUACUUUUCAGGGGAGACUCUUAUAAUACAAGUACUAAUAAAUUAAAUACUACCUAUAUAAAUAAAUAAAUAAAUAAAAAAAAUGAAUAAAUGUGUUGUCUGGAGUAUUACGAAAUGUGUAUUAUGCAACGGGUUUUGAACUAAAAAUUUAUUAUCAGAUAAAAUUACAAAGUUAAAAAGUAAAAUGAGAGUGAACUUGAAAAAAAAAAUGAAAGAAUACAUUACGAAAAACAUUACACAAAUUAAUCGUUUUACAUAGAAAAAAUUUAUUUUAAUGGAGAGAUUAUUUAAAAUAUUUAAUUACCAUUUUAUAAUUUUGUUUUACUUUAUUGUUUUAUUAAAUGCUACCAUUAAUUCUAUAUUAAAAUACAUUUUUUCCAAGCCAAGACUAUAUCCUAGUAAUAGUAUCUACAAAGAUUAUAGCCUUAAUAAUUUAAAUGCAUUAUACCUUAAACAUGCAUAUCUAUUUAUGUCUAAUCACAAAGAUAUUAUUGAAAUUUCUGCGCUUAACCCUAAUAUAAUAUUUAAUAAUUUAAUAAGUAUUAUUGCUCCAAAACCUCAAACAAAUUUAAAUUGAUUUUAUAUUAUUUUUGUAUUCUGUAAAAUUUGUAUUACUUUAAAAAUUAAUUUUCAUUCUUUUGGUAAUAAUUAUUUAUUAUUUGAAGGGUGCAUAGAUACUAUUGAUUUUGAUAAUCUUUCAAUUAAAAUUAUGAUAUAAAUUAAAUUAAAUUCACAUUCACAUUCACAUUUUAUAAAUUGCUAAUUAUUUUUACUUUAUAUUUUGUGUCUAUUAAUAUUAUAAUUAUAACUCCUAUUCACAUCACAGCCAUAUAGGCUUUAGUGAAUAGCCUAAUACUUUUGUGUACUCUUUUAUAAAAAAUUUUAAUCAUUUCUGUUAUUGGUGAAAUAAAUUAUUAUUAUUGUUAUUAUUAUAUUUGAAUUGCCAGUUAAUCACAUAAAAAUUCUAAUUUAAAAUUAAGUAUUAUAUCAUUAUAAUAUUUAUUUAUUAGGUUUAUUAGUUUUAAAAAGGUUACUGUUUACACUAUUGUGUAAAUUCAACAUAAAAAAUAUGUUAAUAUAUAUAUUAAUUUUGAAAAAGUAUUCACUUUUUAUCUAAUAAACAAAACUAUUAUAGAAAGACACUUUAGAUUGAAUACAAAGUAUAGAUUAAUUAUUUCAAAAAUAUAUUAAAACCAAAGAUAAACAUAAUACAUAUUUAAUAUUCUACUUUUUAAAAUAUUUUAUUAUUAAGAAUUAUGUGUAAUUUAUGUUUUGUUAUUUUUAUAGGGUUGUAUGGCUUUAGUUUCUUUGUAUUUAGUAUCAAAUUUUUUAAUUUUUGAAGAAAACUCAAAUGGAAAAGAAGAUGAUAAUUUUGAAUGGAAUUUAUUAAAUACAGAUCAUUAUUCUAUUACAAUACAUAAGAAUUCAUCAACAAUUAUUUCUUCUAAAGAUAAUUGUGAACCUUUAUAUAUAUUAGUUUACAUACAUUGUUGUGUAUGGUUUAUAUUUUUAGUAAGUUUUAAAUAGUAUUACUAUUGCUAUAUUUUUUACAAACUUUUUAUUUUUUUAUUUCUUUUAGAUACUUGAUUAUAUUACUAGACAUAUACACAAUAAAAUGUUAAGAUCUCGUGGACAUUUGCGUGCUCAUGGAAGACUUUGUCGUCUGGCAGCUAUUCCAUUUCAAUUAGUAUCCUUAUGUAAGACUAAAACAAGUCUAUUUAUAUGCUUAGAUAUUAAUAAUGAUUGUAAAAUGUAUAUAAUUGAUUACACAGGGACUGUAUUAUUGGCAAUUUUUAUAACUAUUUAUGCUCAAGAAGAUAAAUCAAAUUUCCAACCAUAUUGUGAAGCUAAUUUUAUAAUGUCUCCAAAAAAUGGAAUAGCAAUUUUACUUGUUGUUGAAUUUGUAAUUGUUACACUGUUUUCUUUAUUAUAUGCCAGUAAGUUUAAAAUAAAAUAUCUCUAACAAAUUGGAUGUUUAGUUUAUUUAGUAAAUGAUAAAUAAUUAUGUAAUUAUUGUAAUUAACAUUUAGAUUCAAUUAGAAAGUUUAACUUAGAAAAACCUCCACCUGAUGUAUGCGGGUGGCAAGAAGGAAAUUUUGAUAGAUGGACACCACCGAAUUUAAAUUCAAAUGCCACUACAAAUGAACUGUUAAGUUCUAGAGAAUUUUCAAAGUACGUUUUGUAUUAUUGUAAAAUUACCUUUAUGUAAUCUAGUUAUUCUUGAUUUUAGUAAAAUAUUGUUUGGGUAUAUAUUAUUUUAAUUUUGUAAUUUUGGUCACUCUAAAGUAUCUUUUUAUUUGUUUACAACAAGCACAUUUUUAAAUAUUAUACAAAUAUUAUGUUUAUAACUAACAUCUUGAUUUCUAUUUAUUUUUUUCUUACAUAGGAAUUUUUCAUCAUUAAUUUAAAUUUUUUGAAAUAAGCACUGAGACUAUUGAACUAUUUAUGGAACUUUUAUAUAAUUAAUAGCCUAUUUAUAAGUGACAAAAAUAAAAUAUUUUUUUUUUUUUUAUAUAAACUGGAUGGGAUAUAAGCCUGUAUUUGAUAUAUUUAAUGGAAUAGUUACCUAGUAACAUAUUAUGUAAUUAUAAUAAAUAUUUUGUUUUCUUAUAGUUAUGAUCAACAAGAUGAGCGAUGUUUAUUAGAUGUACUUGAAUAUUAUUCUAAUGCUAAUCGACAACUAACUGCUGACUUAGGUCGUGCAUCUCAAAGAUUACGUGAACUAGAAUCACAUCAAUCAGAGUUAUAAGAUAUUAAAUCUAUUUCAAACCCAUGGAUCUUGUUUUUUAUUAUGUAGUAUCAAGUUUUAGUUUUAGUUUAUAUUUAUGAUUAUACAAUCAUCUAAUCACUUUUGAUAUAAAAUUUAUCAAACUUGAUAUUUACGCCAUAAAUAAUGUGUUGUUGAAACUAAUAUAUAUUUUUAGAAUACCUAUUACAUAUUAACUAAAUGAAAAACCAUGAUAUUAUUUAUUAACUUGUAAUGUAUUUAUUAACAACUAACGUAUUUUAAUUUUAGAAUAUAAGCUAACAAAUCAAUUCUUAUUUAUUUAAAUGAUUUGAUUUGCUUUUACUUACUAUUUAUAUUUUUAUUGUUUUUAUGUUCUAUACAAUUUAGUUUCAUAAUAUAUACAUUUUUUAUUAAAUGUUUACUUCAAU